CACACCAUGUCCAAAGGUACCGUCUGCAUCACCGGCGGCACCGGAUUCGUGGGCUUCGCCGUCUUGCUUGAGGCUCUGCGCAAUGGCUACGCCGUCCACAUCGUUGUCCGCAGCGAAACAAAGGCCAAUUGGCUGAAGGCCCAUCCCGCUCUUCCCGGCCUGGAUUCUUCCGCAUCUUUCUUCACCGUCCCCGACCUUACUGCGCCGGGGUCCCUCGAUGCCGCGAUCGCGGGAGUCGACUAUGUCAUUCACGUGGCCUCGCCUGUGCCACAAUUUGAUGCUGCGCCGGAAGAACGAUACAACAGGUACAUCCACCCAGCCGUCAAUUGCACUCUCUCGGCUCUGGAAAGUGCAAAGAAGGCGGGGACCGUCAAGCGCGUCGUUGUCACCUCCUCACUCGCCGCUUUCAUGUCGCCAAAGUUGCCAGCCAGUCCAGACUCAGCCUCUACAGUAGUCGUCACUGAGGCCGACAUGAACGACGAAAUCCCCCCACCUUGGUCAGACGACAUGGUGGCGUAUUGCGCUUCCAAAACAGCGGCUCUUCGUCGCUCGCUGGCGUGGAUGUCCGAGAACUCCCCAUCCUUCGACCUUGUCAACAUCGCGCCCUCCUUUGUCGAAGGUAGGAGCUACAUCGCGCAGUCGUCUGCCGAUUUAGCAAGUCUGACUGUGGCGACGGGAUACUUCUUGCGCAUGGUUACGGGCGCUGCAAAGACCGACACCGCCGAGAUCGCCCAUGCAUGCCACAUCGACGACAUCGCUGAGCUCCACGUGCGCGCGCUGGACCGCGAAAAGAUCCCCGGAAAUGAGUCUUACCUCGCUAGCACGCACUUCUCUUGGAACGAUAUUCGUUCCAUUGUCGCGGAAAAGUUCCCCGAGUUUGUGAAGAGCGGCGUGCUGCCGAACGACGGCAACUUGCCCACGAGGAACAUUGCCUUCUCUUCCGAAAAGGCUCAGCGCACGUUCGGCAUCAAGUUCAAAAGCCUCGAAAAAAUGGUGGUGGAUACCGUGUCGCAGUAUCUGGAAUUCCUUGAAAAGGAGAAGCGCGAGAAAUAAUCGGGCAUUUUGCUGAGUUGCUGCCUUGUCAUGUAACUACGAUCUGUCUGAUAUCUUUUAGAUCAUGAGAUCAGUUUUUGAGAAAACGUUCGUAGCGAAAAAUUGUUGGUGUUGCAGAC